AUGCUGAGCGCCAUGAAUUCAAUAAUCAGCAAGGAAAAGGCAUUGACUAUGGAGAAGGAGGCUAAGGACUUAUUGAAGAAGGCGAAGGGUCUAACGGCGCCAUCACUGCUUGAGCUGCGCUUCAAGCCCGACUGGGAAGCUGCUGCGCCCAUGCUGGACAAAGCGGCUCUGCUGUACAAGCAACUCGGCCACAUCGACAAAGCCCUGGAGGCGUAUGAGAGAGCCGCGCACGCGCAAGAGCGACUGGGCUCUCAGUGGCAUGCUGCCAAGCAUUACGAAGUGAUAGCGGAUCUGUCCCGGCAGCAGAACAGGCCCAAAGAAACCGCCAAGUACUUCAAAAUGGCGGCCGACUACUACCUAGAGUGCGGAAAACCCACUACGGCUGGAGAGGUCCUCACACGCGGCGCACGUGUACUGGAGGAACCGGACCCCGAGGAGGCCGUACGAUUGUACUACGACGCCCUGGACGUGUACGAAAGCAGCGAGCGGGAGGCCUACGCGGUGGACUCAUUCCGCGCGGCCGCGUCCUUCCUGCUUCGACUUGAGCGGUGGGCGGAUGCCGUGGAAGUGCUCAUGAGGUUCGGAGCCCUGUCCGACAAAGUCGGAGCGCGAAACACGCAAAACAAGUCGUACCUAGGCGCUGUGGUGACGUGGCUGUGGGCGGGUGAUGCUGAGGCCGCCUGGGCCACCUUCCAGGACGCCAUGCAUGUGGAGAGCUUUGAAAGCAGCGAAGAGGCGUUUGCGGCGGAUGCGCUGUUUGAGGUGUACAGGCUUAACGAUGAGGCGGCGAUCACUUCGCUUGUCAAGUCCCGUCCGAUAUUUAAGCAAUUAGAUAGCCAAGUCGCACGACUGGCUGUACGACUGCCCUCGCCUGGAUCCAAAAUACGACGUAUGGCUCGAAAAUUGAAACGGUUGAUGGCGGAUCCAGAGGACGAAGAGGGGGAGGAGGAGGAGGGGGAGGGUUGGGCCUUAGGGACUGUGAAGCAAGAAGGUGCUGAACACCGACACAGAUGUACAAAAAUGAUGAUCUUGCCGCAGACAGACAUUCACAAAGGAAAAAGAAAAAAGCUGUCAGAUAACGACGACCGACCAGGCCUGGGUUCUUAG